AUGGCCCAAGAAUCCAAGAUCCCUACCUUUCAGUCGCCUAGUAGCAGUAAUUUGCAAUGGUGUUUCCUAGCCGACGCUGUCGCCGCCGUCACCGCAGCAGCAUCCAUUACACCAAUAAUCACCGCUACAGAUAGAUCUGUCGUUGAGAGUGUUUCGCAAGGCCGGCCGCUGCUACGCACCUUGGGAAAGCAUCUUCUUUGCCCUCUUCGGGAGCCACGCCGCUUCUUUUCUACCAGAGCUGUCUUUGUCGUAUGGACGUUAUACGCUGUCACUUAUUUCACAGCAAACACGAGCGAAACGUUGGUCGAGAGGUUCCUCGACAAGGACAAGGCUCCUACAGGAACUAUUGUUUCGGCGGCAGUAUUUUCAGUCAAUACACCAUUGAGUGUGUGGAAAGAUGUUCGCUUCGCUCAAUUCUUUGGCCGCCCAAGUGGCGGCUCCAUUGCAAGCAAGGCUGUUCCCAGCGGGACAACAGCAUCGGCAUGCAGUAGUACUCUCCCUAACAUGGCGGCGGCAGCAGCAACAGCAUGCACAAAGCCAGUUCCUCCCCGGGGCACGCCAGUCUCGGUGAGCGCAGCGUUUCUCGUACGGGACAUCAUCACCGUGUUUGGCUCAAUCGGCCUGGCGCCGCACAUCUCGGCCGCCAUCCCGGACAGCGUGGCCGAGGGCGCGCACGCCAAGGCGUCGGUGGCCCAGCUCAUUGUGCCCGCCAUGACCCAGGCCGUGGCCACGCCGGCACACCUCCUCGGGCUGGAUCUCUACAAUCGCCAAGGCAAGACGGGCGUGGUGGAUCGGUUGGAUCAUGCGCGGAAAAAGCUGUUUUCUACCACGAUUAUGCGCGCCUUUCGACUGAUCCCUGCAUUUGGUAUUGGAAUUGUGCUUAAUAAAGAUUUGAGAUCGACUUUGCGGAACCAUAAGGGUGUCAAGAUGCCAAUUAAGCAAUAG